GUUCAAGCUUGCCUUCUUGUAUCUACAGAUCGCUAUCCUCCUGUACCUACACCCACACCCACACCUACGCAGACCUCCUUCUUUCUGACGCUCAUUUGCGAAUUUUGCGGUGUUUGGCAAUCCCAACUUGCGAUUCUUGCUUGCGAUCCACGAUACCUGUUUCGCUGUUUGCAACCAUUCUGAUUCUUCAAAACAUUCAACCUUGCGCGGCUUCCAAGAGCCUCCGACCCAUUCAGAAUGGGAACUUACGCCCAGCCCACUCAAGAUGCUAUUGACAGUUUCUGUAGCAUGAUUCCGGGUGUGCCUCGAUCAGAAGUUGUAGCCAGACUUAAGGUAUGGGUUCUGGGACUCGUUGCGCUGCAAUCUAGCUGACAGAAGCUGCCAGAAUAAUAACUGCAAUGUUGAGCAGGCUAUAGGCGAAUACUUUGAUAACAUCGACAACCCCAAUGGAAAUCAAGUACGGAAGACCCUAUGCGAUUUGGAUGGCAGAUAACUGAACUCUCCUCCAGUACCGGUGGGACGAGGGCCAGUUUGGUGGCGAGCGAGAUGGAGGACCGAAUAAUCACGGUGUUUGUGAGUACAGGAUGCCUAUUUUAAAGAGCUUGCUGGAAGACGCAUUGGCUCACGGUGAAGACAGCUUUCGAUAUCCAGGGACCAGACGAUGUGGGUCCUUACAACACACUCGAUGGAGCUAUGUCACGACCGCCGUCCCGAAUUAGCAAUAAUAGGUCCCCAAUGAGCAAAGUUAUAGACUUGAGUGCGGAUGCUGCAGCAGGUAUGGAGCUCCCUUGCUAUCUAUAGUAGCCACUCCCUAACGAGUUAUAGCCGAUCCGAGAAACUCGAAGACAUGGACUAGCGGGGAUCAUGAUUUAGAGCAAGCAAUUGCCGCAUCGAAAGCAGACAUGGCUCUAGCUCCGCAAGAGACAGGCAUCACCAAAAUGGAUCAACCACAUUUUGGACCCGCCAAUCGCGGAGAGUAUGAGGAGGGAAAAUGGGAUAUGGUUCCCGUGGGAAAAAGCUACGCUCAAGAAAUCUUGAUAGAUCCAGAACCAGCUUUUCGAAAGCGAGAAUAUGGAUCACCGGCAUUUCUAAAACCAACCAUUGAUAAACAUCCACUCGCCGCACUUUUCACCAUCUACCAUUCGAUACCCAAAAUCAGAGAGGUUUUCCUUGACCGCCUGAAUACUCUACCAAGUUAUGGGUUCGACAAAGAGUGGUGGGCUGGCAGUAUCAUUGAGGUUCCAACGAUCGUUGAUGACGACGCGGAACCCGAACCUCAAGUCAACCGGGAAAUCCAGCGUCUCAUGGCGUUUUUGGAUAAAACUGAACGUAGCUAUGGAUCUAUACAGGCUUUAGCGUGCCUACCAGAGGUUCAGGAAAACCAGCGCUACCACAACAAGCCAAUAGAACAUGCUGUGCUAGAAUCUUGGAAAAACUCGCUCAGAGACAGAGAGAAUCGGGCAGUUGUCAAAAAGGUUUUCAGUAGGGGCGUGUCUUCCGAAGGAUGUCCCGAAGAUGAGGGCAAGGAUUUUGCGGUCCUCCAAUUAGAGUUGCCGACCAAUGAUUCAUUGGAGACAUCAUUUUAUGAUCUAGCUGAUGAAACCAUUUGGCCGGAUCUCCAGCCUUUGAAUCUUGACCAGAGCCCUUUUCUUUCUCAUGUCGCAGAUGUUGUCGUAUUCAAGAUUCAAGGUGAUGAACGCAAGCGGAGCGUCGAUAUUCCAGCAACCUGGUACCCUGAUCGCUACUUGAGAUCUGGAAAAGAAGCAGCCCUUGAGAUGCGACUCAAAAAGAAAGAAAUGAUGGAGCAGCUGGACCGAAUAAACUACCUGGAGGACCGCCUUACCAACUUUCAAAUGCGGAGCGGAAAGGUUGUGAAAGUUAAGGAUUUGUUCAAUGCGUCUCUUCAGCACGAUGAGGCUGUGAUUGAGAAUGGAGACAAACUGCUUGACACUGAUAUGGAUAUGCUCUCCCCUCCCCGUUCUAGGAAAUCGGCGAACCUUUCAGCAGAGCUUCGGAGACUCGUAGAGAGUAUUGACAAGAAGUUAUCAGGUAUUCAUGAAUUCUUAUCGGCUCGUAUACUUCUGGCUAACGCAUUUGUAGCUUUGAACUUAGAAAGAGAGAAAGCCCGUAAGGCACUGACUGACCUUUCCAAGCUUUACACCGCCCCUUCUUCGGACAACACGGCACCGAAACUUCAUCCAUAUUCUCUGCGUGGUGUAAGCACUACCAAUAGCACGAUGUACAUAUGUAAACGCGCUGAGCCCGAUUUGAUGGACAUGGAUCUCAAUAGCAGCCAAACGUCCUCCAAUACUGACCAAUGGUGGCGAAUACAAUAUUCCACGUCUGGAAUCGCUAGCUGGGACCAAUCAGGUGCGACAGCUGCAUCUGGCUCACCCGGAAUCAAUCCUGUAACAGUUGAGGUAUGGUAGUCUCUAGAACUCGUAGCAUAUUCAUGCUUCUUUAUACACAUUUUUAAUCAAUCUGCAGAAAACCACAGAAGAAAACGUCCUCGAAGCAGCCAAGAACGAAAGCAAAAAUACCAUUUUGGUCUACGCAAGUGAAAGUGCAAUGGAGCAUACAAAUUACCCUCUGCCUAGUGCGCUUGAUGUGAGUAUACACUGCUGCCUUCUUGUCCAUAGUAAUGGCUCCUCUAAUUAUACCCUAGGCUUUUGUCCGAGCAGACAAUCGAGCUUUCAAAGCUGAAUUCGUUGAUAUUGAGGAAUCUUCAAUCCACGUAUCGUCUCCUGGCAAGCGGAAAUUUGACGAGCAAUCAUCUGAUUCUCAAGACUCUACUUCGGGAAGGUGGGGCGGACCUGGUCCUAAUCGCGAGAGCUCUGCGGGUAUUCUUGAGAGAGAAAUUAUGGGAAAUAGCGAAAUGUCAUACGAUGAUGCUCGUUCGGCUUCAAGGAGCCUUGCUGAUCGCCUGACAGACGAUGUUGAUGACUCAGAUAGCCACGCUACUGGGGACAUUAUUGUAGGUAUGGACCCCUCUUUGCUACAAAAUGGCACGCUGCCGGGUCAAGAGAUGCAGGAGCGAGGUAACAUGCGUCUAAGCUUGAUUGGAAGCCGAUCAAACAACAUCAAAUCCUCAACGAUUGAUAACAUGGAUCUGAAUGACAUCGUAGAAGACUCGCACGUUGCAGAGGAGAGUGGGGCCGUCAAACGGGUUGGGUUUGCUAAGUAAGAAGGCUUGAUAAUUACAUAUAUGUAAGCUAAGGGCCGCCGGCUUAUAAUAUGUUUUAUUAUAGCGAUUAGCGAGCGAGAAUAGAGAGCGCGAGGAACAUUAACAGCUGCGCUACAAUAGUAGAGCACCUUUGUUCUAUUCUUAGGUCUCUAUGUAUGUAA